AUGGCCAUGGAAGACGAUGAGGACAUCGUCAUGCGGGACGCCAGCUCCCACCCAAUGGCACUACCUCAUCAACUGGCUACGGCUAGCGCGAGCAGACAAUCUCUGCCUCCGCAUCUGAACGGGAGUGCGGAUCCUUCACUUGCGCCGUCGAUACUGGCGCAGGGGAUGAGGAUCCCGCUAACACCGCGGCCGGGCAGUGUGCCGGCGACGGGAACGUCUGCGAUGGGGCCUGUGCCGGUUGCUGGCCCUGGGCUUGGUCAUCCGGCUGAGGCGCCUGGUUUUAGGGAGGAGAGCCCUAUGGAAGCAAACUCUGACUGGUCGGACGAAGAGGCUGCGGCUCAUGUUGGCAUUCCGCUUGCUGGUCUAUCUUCGGGGCUGUGCUAUGAUGUGCAGAUGCGGUAUCAUUGUGAAGUGCGGCCGACGGCGGACGUGCAUCCGGAGGAUCCGCGGAGAAUCUAUUAUAUCUACAAGGAGCUAUGUCGAGCUGGACUUGUUGAUGAUCCGGAGUCGUCGAGGCCGCUUGUUUCGAGGCCACUGAAGAGGAUUAAUGCGCGCAAUGCUACCGAGGAGGAGGUUUCGCUUGUUCAUACGCCGGAUCAUUUUGCGUUUGUGGAGAGCACUAAGGAUAUGUCUGACGAUGAACUUAUUGCAUUGGAGCAUACGCGUGAUUCAAUCUAUUUCAACAAGCUUACCUUUGCUUCGUCACUUCUGUCCGUGGGAGGUGCAAUUGAGACAUGUCUUGCCGUUGCUACUCGCAAGGUGAAGAACGCAAUCGCUGUCAUCCGGCCACCCGGGCACCAUGCAGAACAUGACAAGACCAUGGGAUUCUGUCUGUUUAACAACGUCUCGGUCGCUGCGCGAGUUUGUCAGAAACAGUUGGGAGAUAGUUGUCGGAAGAUCAUGAUUCUGGAUUGGGAUGUCCAUCAUGGAAACGGUAUACAAAAAGCGUUCUACGACGACCCCAAUGUCCUCUAUAUCUCUCUACACGUUUAUCAAGAUGGGAGAUUCUACCCCGGAGGCGACGAAGGUGAUUUGGAUCACUGCGGUACUGGAGCUGGUGUUGGGAGAAACGUCAACAUUCCAUGGCCAAGCCAGGGUAUGGGCGAUGGCGACUACAUGUAUGCUUUUCAGCAAGUCGUUAUGCCUAUUGCACAUGAGUUUAAUCCCGAUUUGGUCAUCAUUGCUUCUGGUUUCGACGCAGCUGUUGGUGACGAGCUUGGUGGUUGCUUCGUAACACCAUCUUGCUACGCCCACAUGACGCAUAUGCUCAUGGGUCUUGCUAAUGGCAAAGUUUCUGUCUGUUUAGAGGGUGGUUACAACUUCCGAUCCAUCUCUAAAUCUGCACUCGCAGUCACGAAAACGCUCAUGGGCGAGCCGCCCGACCGUCUUCUCUCAACAUCGCCGUCGGACCUUGCUGCAAGCACUGUCCGGCACGUUAUGAUGGCACAGUCCCGUUACUGGCGGUGCAUGUAUCCGAAGGAACCACAGGAAUUGAGUCUCUGGACUGAUAGGCUACAUGACAUAAUUCGCCAGUACCAGUCGAAGCAGCUGUAUGAUAACUUCAAACUCACGCCGCUGUACAUUUACCGGACGGCUAUUUCGAAGUCGUUUGAGAAUCAGGUUUUGGCAAGCUCGAAUUAUAACAAACAAACACCGCUUCUAGUCAUUUUCCAUGACCCACCUGAAAUAAUGGGCCUCCCCCAUCCAACAACCAACAAACUGGAAGCCCACAACUGCUGGCUUGCUGAUGUUGUCAAGGAGUAUGUCGGGUGGGCCAUUGGAAAGGGCUAUGCUGUGAUUGACGUGAAUGUUCCAAAACAUGUCACUAAUGAACCUGUAACUGGCAAAUACGAAGACGAGGAUGAAAGCCGGCCUACCGCGACGGAGGAAUUGGCGGGGUACUUGUGGGAUAAUUAUAUCGAACCCAACGAAGCGACCGAGAUCUUCUUCAUCGGCAUGGGCAAUGCCUUUUACGGUGUCGCGAACUUGUUGAUCAACCGAGAAACCCUCUACCAACGCGUGAAUGGAGUAGUCUCCUUUGUCGCCGAGAACCCUGUCCGCGCGAUAGCUUCGCAUACACAAGUCUGGCUCUCGCGAUGGUAUAAAGAUGUAUGUCCCCCAGUCAUUCUCUCCCCGACUCGUUCCCCAUCCAGUGACUCUCCUCAGCUAACAAAGCAGAACUCUCUUGUUUUUGUGUCUCACACCCACGGCGUCUGGAACAACGUCGAGACGCGCCGCAAGCCAUCAAAACGCUACGGCCACCUUAUCCAGUCACCGACAUCGGGACUCAGCGAGAUGCUUAUGCAUCAUCGGGAGGAUGUGUUCAAGUGGAUUGAGGAUCGAGCGGAUGAAGAGGAGAGUGAGGAGGAGGAGGAAGAAGAAGAAGAAGAGGAACAGGAACAGGAACAAGAGCAAAGGAGGAAGAGUCAGAGUCAGAGUCAGGGUGGGAGUAAGAGUCGGUCGCCGGUGAAGAGGGUGGCGGCAGGUGAGUAG